GGAGUAACUUCAGCACCUGGACAGCGACCUCCGCGCGACAGGCGUCACACUGCUACAGAAGCGCGCGGCGCCACGCGCUUCGAAAUGGCUUGAAAUACCGCAUUAAAGUGCUUCGCUGUAGUCUUUUGCUGUUGAAAACCCGGACUCUUAGGCUGAAUUUCAUCGACACUGAGUACCAGAGCUAAGAAGCGUCGGUUAGUGCGGGUCUCGCUCAUCUAGAGGCUUCGCUCUGUGGAGCUGCUCUUCCGGACAGCGCGCGCGACAAGGAAAAGUAACUGCGUCUCCGCUCAUCACACUGUAGUCGAAGAUGGAGCCACCCGCCGGGACCGGACUGAAGCUCUUGCUGUGGAUUUUAAGCCACAUCAGCAUCUCUCGGGCAGCUUCUCCAUCAUCCCAAAAAUGUGAUGAAGCUCUGGUCACUCCACUUCCCCAUAAUGCCUUCACCAGCUCCUCUGUGUUCACUAGUGGCUAUGCACCUGGAUAUGCCAAGCUAAACAAAAGAGGAGGUGCUGGGGGCUGGUCUCCGCUGGACAGUGAUCAUUACCAGUGGCUGCAGGUCGACCUGGGAAGCAGGAAACAGGUCACAGCCAUCGCCACGCAGGGUCGAUAUAGCAGCUCUGAUUGGACGACACGUUACCGGCUGCUCUACAGUGACACAGGCAGGAACUGGAAACCAUACCAUCAAGAUGGCAACAUCUGGGCAUUUGCCGGUAACUCCAACACAGAGAGUGUGGUUCGGCAUGACCUGCAAAACCCGACUGUGGCACGUUUUUUGCGCAUCAUUCCUUUAGACUGGAGUGAAGAGGGAAGGAUUGGCCUCAGGUUCGAGAUCUAUGGGUGCCCGUAUUUGCGGCUCGUACAGAACCUCCCUCAGCAACGGGGACCAUCACAUCCUCUUCCUUUGACGUGGACCCCUCCUAUUCUCUAUUCUGGGCCAUGCCGUAAAAAGAGCCGUUCACAGAGAACGCCGGAGGACAUCCCUGAGAGCCCGUGUGCAUCGCUUUCUGAGUCCCCCUCUUCGUUCGCGGCCGGCCAGCCCCCCACCGUGCAUCUCGAGUCUGACGGGGACAACGCAGAAGAGGACUGCUGCUCUCUUCUAGCCUCUGAGAGCCAAGGAUGGUCGGGCUCCAACCCGGACCCAGCCCCUUCCACACAAGAGUCGAGCAGUGUGCGGUCUAGCUUCGACGCGUUGCUUCUCCGCCUUCUCACCCAGUCCGUCGAGGACCUCGGCCUAGAUUGGUCUCUGUCUGAGGAACCCGCGCCCAGCAGGCUGGAUGGCUGUUUCCUGCCCAGGCGAUGCUCGACGCCUCACAAGAGGCCUGCUCCCUUCCUGCCGGAACUCCACGAGGAGCUAACUAAAAUCUGGAAGGCGCCCCUUUCUAGUCUCGUCAAUGCUCUCUCAUGUGGACGGUGUGAAAGACAAAGGCUAACUCUCCAUUCCUGCCAUCGAGGAACUAGUAGCAACACAUCUGUGUCCCCUUCUGCUGGAUGGCGGUCAAAACCCUCACUGCCCUCGAAAGCCUGCAGGACAACUUCGGCUCUGAUCGGUCACGCUUAUAAACUUCUCCGCAAAAUGGAUGAGGCGGGCCCGAAUCCUGAGAGCGUUAUGGACCUCAGAAGCGCUACGGACUUAGCUCUACGAACCACCAAGUCUGCUGCACAGGCUAUCAGCAGCAAGAGCACUUGUGCCUCCCUGAGUGUGCACCCAGGAGCAAACACUGUAUGCUAUGCGCCGCACACACACAGCGACCAGAGCCCAGAUACCAUUCUUCCCCUAGUGUUAAGCAUAAAAGCAUGGGAAAUGAUCCUGGGCGUGUCAGAUUGGAUUUUGAAGGACGUAAUAGCCCUGAAGUUUAAAACAUCAGAGAGCGAAGGGGUGAUUCUGCACGGAGAGGGGCAACAGGGUGACUACAUUACCUUGGAGUUGAGGAGAGGCCGUCUACUGCUGCAGAUAAACCUCGGAAGUAAUCAGUACGGCUCUAUCCUGGGCCAUACAUCUGUGACUAGCGGCAGUCUGCUGGACGAUCAUCAUUGGCAUUCUGUAGUAAUUGAGCGCUACAGGAGAAAUGUCAAUUUCACCCUUGAUCAGCAUACUCAGCACUUCCGCACCAACGGGGAGUUUGACCACCUUGACCUGGACUAUGAGCUGACUUUCGGAGGAAUGCCUUAUUCUGGGAAGCCAGUCUCAGGAGGAAGAAGAAAUUUCAAAGGCUGCAUGGAAAGCAUAAACUACAAUGGAGAGAACAUCACUGACCUGGCCAGACGAAAAAAACUGGAUUCUUCUAGUUUCCGGAACCUGACAUUCUCCUGUGUGGACACGCACACGUUCCCCGUCUUCUUCAACGGCACCAGCUUUCUGCAGCUGCCAGGGAGGAGGGACCACAAUAUGGUGUCUGUGGGAUUCCAGUUCCGUACCUGGAACCCCAGCGGCCUGCUCCUGUUCAGCUCCUUUGCAGAUGGAAUGCUGGAAUUGGCUCUAAACGAUGGAAAAGUCACAGCGCACAUUAACGUCACUCAGCAGAAAAACAUGCACGUGGACAUUGCAUCAGGUUCUGGUCUGAAUGAUGGAGAAUGGCAUGAUGUUCGUUUCCUGGCCAAAGAGAAUUUUGCCAUGUUGACCACUGAUGGGGAUGAAGCAUCAGCAGUGAGAACCACCUCGCCUGUCCAGAUCACAACAGGAAGCACGUACCACUUUGGAGGUUAUUUUUUAAGAACCAGAGCAUCUCCCAUCCAGCGCUCUUUCCAGGGCUGCAUGCAGCUCAUUCAGGUGGACGAUCAGCUGGCUGACCUCACCGCAGUGGAGCAGGGAAGGAUGGGAGCCUUCGAGAACGUCAGCUUGGACAUGUGUGCCAUCAUUGACAGAUGUAUGCCAAACCACUGUGAACAUGGAGGCCGAUGCAGCCAGACCUGGGAUGGUUUCACAUGCACUUGUGAUGGGACAGGAUACACCGGAGCCACCUGUCACACAUCUGUCUAUGAGCAGUCAUGUGAAGCUUACAAGCAUUUGGGAAGAUCAUCUGAUUCCUUCUGGAUUGACCCAGAUGGAAGUGGACCAUUAAGUCCUUUUAAAGUCAUCUGCAACAUGACAGAGGACAAGGUUUGGACGACUGUGGUGAAUAACCUGCCGGCGCAGACAGCAGUGACCGGCUCCAGCCGGGAGAGACGGACAGUACUGCAGCUGAACUACAGUGCCUCUAUGGAGCAGGUCACAGCUAUAACCAACAGCGCUGAACACUGCGAGCAACACGUUGCCUACGCCUGCAGAAUGUCACGCCUACUCAACACACCAGAUGGGACGCCUUACACAUGGUGGGUCGGCCGUGGUAAUGAGAAGCACUUUUACUGGGGUGGCUCUGUGCCGGGCAUUCAGAAAUGUGCAUGUGGAAUUGAGCGCAAUUGCACCGACUCCAAAUACUACUGCAACUGUGACGCUGACCAGAAGCAGUGGAGGGAUGAUUCUGGGCUUCUGGUUUAUAAAGACCACUUACCGGUCAGCCAAGUGGCUGUUGGGGACACAAAUCGACCCGGCUCGGAGGGCAAGCUGACUGUGGGACCUCUCCGUUGCUAUGGAGACCGAAGCUACUGGAACGCAGCAUCAUUCAACACGCCAUCCUCAUACCUGCACUUCUCCACUUUCAAAGGAGAAACGAGUGCUGAUAUCGCAUUUUACUUCAAGACCUCUGCUCCCUAUGGCGUGUUCCUGGAAAACCUUGGAAACACAGAUUUCAUCCGUCUGGAGUUGAAAUCCCCCACGGUGGUGUCGUUUUCGUUCGAUGUUGGAAACGGGCCGGUGGAACUGAACGUGCACUCUCCUACCCCCCUGAACGAUGACCAGUGGCACCGGGUCAGUGCGGAGAGAAACACGAAAGAGGCCAUUCUGCAACUAGACCAAAAAUACAAGGAGGUCAGACCUGCACCUACACAAGGACACACACGCCUGGAGCUCUACAGCCAGCUUUAUGUGGGUGCAGCAGGAGGUCAGAGAGGAUUUCUCGGAUGCAUCCGCUCUCUGAAGAUGAACGGUGUGACCCUUGACUUAGAAGAGAGGGCAAAAGUCACUCCUGGUGUUAAACCUGGCUGUUCGGGUCACUGCACCAGUUUUGGGAUGUAUUGCCGUAACGGCGGCAAGUGUGUGGAGAAAUACAACGGCUAUUCUUGUGACUGCUCCACCACUGCUUACGAUGGGCCUUUCUGUUCAAAAGAUGUUGGUGGUUUCUUUGAGGCAGGAACACUGGUCAAGUAUAAUCUGGUACCUGAAGUGUUGGCUGCAGCUUCAAGCCUAGAUGAGAAGAGCGUUAUCCACAACCUUCCUGUCGAGACCAACCUGACACAUGAAGACCUUACCUUCAGCUUCAGCACCUCCACUUCUCCCAGCCUUCUAGUCUAUGUCAGCUCGAAAACCCAGGAUUACAUGGCAGUGGUGCUCCGUCACAAUGGUAUGCUGCAGCUGCGGUACAACUUGGGUGGUCUCAGAGAACCCUUCAGUAUUGAUAUUGACCAGAGAAACUUGGCCAACGGGCAGCCCCACACCGUCAACAUCUCUCGGGUGGAGAGAGACAUAGAAGUCCAGCUGGAUCAUUAUCCUCCCGUCAGCUACACCCUCCCAGAAGCAUCAGACACACAGUUCACCCUGGUCAAGUCACUCUUCCUGGGUAAAGUAUUUGAAACCGGCUACAUUGAUCCAGUGAUUAUUGAAAAAUACAACACCCCCGGGUUUGUGGGUUGCCUGUCCAGAGUGCAGUUCAACAGCAUUGCUCCUCUGAAAGCUGCUCUCAGGUCCCGUGAUUCUGUUCCUGUCUCUCACCAGGGUAAACUGGUGGAAUCCAACUGCGGAGCUUCACCCCUCACGAUCCCACCCAUGUCUGCUGCAACCGACCCGUGGCACCUAGAUGCAGGUGCUGAUUUCCCCUUCAAUGAAGAAAGAGUGAUACCAGAUGGAGUAAAUAGGAAUUCAGCUAUAAUAGGAGGUAUCAUUGCAGUGGUGAUCUUCACUAUUCUGUGCACGCUGGUGUUUCUGAUCCGGUACAUGUUCCGCCAUAAAGGCACCUACCACACCAACGAGGCCAAGGGGGGAGAGUCAUCAGAGUCAGCCGACACGGCCAUUAUCGGCACCGAGGCCAAUUUCACAGAGACCAUCGACGAAAGCAAGAAAGAAUGGUUCAUCUAAUGGGGGUGUACAGACCCUUUCAGAAUCUUUUUUUGAGUAUCAGAACUAAUGUUUUGGGAUCAAGCUCAUCACCAGUUUGAGAAACUGUCCUGUACAUAGUGGCUGGCUUGUCUCUUUCUAUUGUGUUUUGGCAGAAGUCUUUUAAGUGUAAGUGUGUAAACUCUGGAUCACAUUAAUACAUCAUUUCACCAUGUGUUCUUUUUUGUUGUUGUUGUUUUUUAACAGAAACAUAAUUAUUUGCCCAAAUCCUCUUUUAUGGAAAUUUAUGCAAGUUUAAUCAUUUUCUUCACGUGUUUAAUCUUACAAAAAGACCUUGUGUAGAAAAUGUUUUAGACAGACUGUAAAUGUUAAAUCCUCUAUAUGAAUAUUUGAAUUUAAUUCAUUGCACAAACGACAGAGAUAUAGGUUUUAGAUGACAUCAGAUUGUAUAUCAUCAGCGAGGGGAAGAAAAACAAGGCAUGCACCAAGUCAAAUCGACGCUGUCUGUUUGUAGCCUUCUGCACAGCUAUGUUCAUAUAUUUCUUGUGGAAGCCUUCAGUUUAUUGUUCGUUGCCAAACACCUCUCAGUUGUUUUGCUGAAGGCAUGUUUCAUGGCAUAAAGAUGUCAUUUUGAGAGAUCAUUUGGUCUGUGAUUCAUUUAUGCAGGCUGAAGGUAAAGCAUUGGCAUAGUGGCAUCUUUUUGGCAGAUGAAAACCCAAACAUGUAUGUAUCAUCAGCGUUUGUCAUUGAAGAUGUAGAAGGUGGGACCACUGGCACCCAAUUUAAUGACUUAAUUCAAGGUGCCUUUAGGAUUCAGCCAGCUGUCUGUGGAGAAUUACUUUGGUUAAACAGAUAAAAGGAGAAUCCCAACAAAUCAAAUGGCUGUUUGUAUUUAUUUGAUAUAUUUGACUAAGAACAAAGCAGACCCAAUGGUUAUGAGUUUAGAAGUGUUUGGAAAAGCAAUGUCAUACAGUAUAAUUGUUUUGCAUUGUGUAUUUUGUCAAAUUACUUUCAACAUUAAGUAUUAUUUACUUUUUUGAAUAAAAUGUCAAAUAAAAC